AUGAACGAGAAACCUGAUCCAGCUGACAGCAGCCCUCGGGAGGCUGGGGGCAUCAUUACCAACACCCCCGAGAGCUCCCAGACGCCGGAGACUGUGAUGGAAUCGCCAACGUCCACAGACAAAAAAUCAGAGGCGCACACGUUCAACGAGCAGACAAAUUACGUGUCGAAGGUCAAAGUCAUCACGAUUUUCCUGGCAUGCGCCAGCGUAGACCUGGUAGCGCUCAUGGACCAGACCACCCUGGCAGCUAGCUUGUCUAUUGUUGGCAAUUACCUUCAUGCAGGGCAACAGCUAUCCUGGCUCGCUAAUGGUUACUUCAUCACAUCCACAGUUGGGCAGCUCUUGUACGGCCGCCUCUCGGACAUAUGGUCACGCAAGGUGAUCCUAAUGGUCGGACUGGCCAUCUUCGGCCUAGGGUCGCUGGCAUCUUCUCUGGCGCAGACGGCUACCCAACUCAUCAUUUUCCGUUGUUUUACGGGUCUGGGCGGUGGCGGGCUCAUGACAGUUGCCCAGAUGAUCGGCGCCGUCACUGCACUAGCUAACGGAAUAGGUCCCGUCAUCGGCGGCACCCUAUCCUCCAAAGGCGGCGACUCAUGGCGCUGGAUCUUUCGCCUCAACCUGCCCCUGACGGCACUGUCUGCAGUAUGCGCCCUGUUUUUCAUGCCACUGAGGAAGGUCACUGGGGACUGGAAAGUGAAGACACGAGCCAUCGAUGUCGUAGGCAUCUUGCUUGCAUUGGCUGGCACCACCAGCUUGAUGCUUGGUUUGACUUGGGGUGGUGGCGAGUACCCCUGGGCUUCCGCAGCUGUCCUUACUACCCUCCUCGUGGGUUUCUUCAUCUGCGUCGUCUUUGUCUUGUGGCAGUGGAAGGGGCCGAGAUACCCGCUCGUACCUCUGGACAUUUUUCGCGCUCGCAUGACCAUCGGUGCAUGCAUCACCAUGGCUAUUAACGGGUGGAACUUUGUCGUUCAGGUCUACUACAUUCCCACCUUCUACCAGCUGGUCUACAACUAUGGGGCGACUAGAUCUGGUGUCAUGCUGCUUCCUAUCACCCUCGUGCAGACUGCGAGCAGUACCCUCUCGGGACUCAUAGUCCACUGGGUGGGACGUUACCGCGAGUGCAUCUUGUUCGGGUGGCUCUGCUGGUCGGUCGGUCUAGGCCUCAUGUCCACCCUCGACGAGACUUCUGGUCUAGGAAAGCAGAUCGGUUAUUCCCUGCUUAUUGGUGUGGGUGUGGGAAACACCCUUCAGCCAGCUCUGGUUGCCAUCCAGGCGGGCGUUCCAAGAAAGGAUAUGGCCGUUGUCACAUCCUUCCGCAACUUUGUGAGGAACUUGGGGGCCACAUUUGGGCUUGCCAUCUGCGGCACAAUUUUGAACAACAUCGUCAAGAGCUCGGUCAAUGAUCUAGAUCUAAGUGUGGAACAACGCGAUUCGCUUCUCAGUAACCCACAGCAGUACAUAUCGUCGCUUUCUGAUGAAGAUGCACAACGUAUCAGAGCCGUUCUCGCGCCCGCGUACCAGAAGUCUUUCAAGGUCAUUUUCGAGCUUGGUUCUGGCUUAGCAGCAGGAGCAUUCUUCGUAGCAUGGUUCUUGAUGCCACACAUUGACUUGUCCCGCCCCGACGAUCACAAGUUGAAAGAGGAGGGUCAUCAGGCACAACUGAAAGAAAACGCUGACGCCGCAGAGAAGUCUCCGUGA